AUGGCCCAUGGACGCGCCAUGUCUCCGCCAAUAAAUAACCUGACAAUCCUUGCGAUCGAUCGAGGCAUAGAGAAGCAUGAACCUCUGGAAUCGGAUCCUAGUGACAUCCGCCAUUUUCUAUUCCAAGUUCAUGGCUUCAUCCUCGCCGUUGUUUUCACGUUGGCCAUGCCAGUGGCCGUCUGGGUCAUUCGACUAGGCGGAAAAUCGGCCUUUUCCAGGCAUUGGAUCGUACAAAUCGCAGCUGUGGCCGUCGCUAUAGGUGGGAUGAGCAUUGCGCUUUUAAUAUCCAAGAAAUGGAUACAGAUCGGGGACAGGCAUGGAACACACAAGUUGAUUGGCAUAUUCGUGCUCUGCUCUCUCCUGGUGCAACCGUGCAUCGGAUACUGGCAUCAUCUUGCGUUUAUUAAAUUAAAGCGAAGGACCUCCAUCACUUUUGCUCAUAUAUUAUUUGGGCGGGCCAUUAUUAUUCUCGGGUGGCUCAACAUUGCCUUGUAA